UGUGCGACAGGCCAGCGCGCCAAAUUAAGCUAGGCGAAAGCUGACAACACUGCUUCAUACAACUUCUGAACCUCUCGUCAUAAGAGGCAGCUUCUUUUACUCACGCGGACGCAUUAAAACAAGUAGUCUUCCAGACAGAAGUCAGCUAAACGCUUAAAAAGCUCUGAGCCAGGAUGGGUUUACUCGAGCGGUGUCAGGAGCUGUUCAAGACCUCCAACCUGUACGAGGUUCUGGGCAUCGGUAAGGAGGCGACGGAGGCCGACGUACGGCGAAGCUACUACAAAGUAUCGCUCAAAGUGCAUCCAGACAGAGCUCCUGAAGACCCACAGGCCACGGAGAAAUUCCAGGUGUUGGGGAAGCUGUAUGCAGUGCUGAGCGAUAAGGAGCAGAGGGCUGUUUACGAUGAGCAGGGAAUCGUGGACGAGGAGUGUGACGCCUUGAGUCAAGAUCGCUGCUGGGAAGACUACUGGAGGCUGCUGUUCCCUAAGAUCACAGUGCAGGACAUCAUUGAAUUUGAGAGCAAGUACAAAGGCUCUGAUGAGGAGCGGCAGGAUGUUAUUCAGCUAUAUGUUCAGCACCAGGGCGAUAUGGACGCCAUCACAGAGUCAGCCCUGUGCAGCUCGCAGGAGGAUGAGCCCAGGCUCUGCAACAUCAUCCAGGACGCCAUCCAGAAAGGAGAAGUCACUGCAUUCCCUGCCUUCACUCGGGAGACGGAAAAGAAGAAAAGAGCUCGUAGGAAGAGGGCUGACAGAGAAAGGCAAGAAGCUGAAGAAUUACAAAAAGAGAUGGGGCUGGGAGAUGAGGAUGAAAGUCUUGCAAUGAUGCUCAAGCAAAGACAGAAGUCCAGAGAGCAGAACUUCAACAGUUUUCUUUCUGACUUGGAAGCAAAAUACUCCAAAAAAAGUGGCGGAAAAGCCAAGAGAGGGAAAAAGUAAAAAA